CAAGGGAAAUUCGAAACUCCUUUUCCUGUCUAUUCUGAGAAGUGGGGGUUGCGAAUAAAACAAUACUUUCCAAAGAAGAUAAUAUUGCAAAAUAUAGGGAACCGGUUUUGUAGUGACUAAAAGUGAAUUUGCGAUAGUGACGGAACAACAAGUAAGGAGAUUUACUGCUUGUUGGAAGCUGAUAGAGGGAAAAAAAAAGCUCACGAUUUCGUGAAACAUGGAAUAUCCACUGACCAAUAGCAAAUUUGUAGAAAUCGAACUGGAAGAAGAAAUUACUACUGAACAAGAAAAGUACCCUUUGAGUUCAAGAAGACCAGCCCUGGGGUGCUUCGUUUACUUCCGUGGCUUCUUGUUUGGGAGGAAAUGCCACAGCACUGCUCGUCUGAACGGCAAAACUGUCGUCAUCACAGGGGGGAAUACGGGUAUAGGCAAAGAAACGGCGCUGGAUCUCGCUUCAAGGGGUGCCAAAGUCAUCAUCGCUUGCAGAGACGUUCAGAAAGGAUACGAAACAGUGAAUGACAUCUCUGAGAAAGUACAGAAGCCCGACGUGGUUGUAAAGCGCCUCGAUCUUGCCUCUUUCGCUUCCAUCAAGAGUUUCGCUCAAGACGUGCUCGAAAACGAACCUUACAUACACAUACUCAUCAACAACGCAGGUGUGGCAGCGUGUCCCAAGUCUUUGACAGAGGACGGCUACGAAAUGCAGUUCGGGGUCAAUCACCUAGGUCACUUCCUCCUCACACAUCUCCUACUGGACAGAAUAAAAGCUUCUGUACCAGCGAGAAUCAUCAACGUUUCCUCGAUUGCUCACAUAUACCUAUCACAACUUUCUGUGUGCAGAAUCUGCAUCGUUUUAAACUUUUUGUUGGGAAAGUAUCAGAAAACUUACUGGUUAAACUUACUUAGUGGUUUACUUGAAUUUAAGCCAAGACCAGUCAAAGUUAAAAAGUUGAGCCCUAAAGCGAACCGAGAAAGUCCGAAGCGUUUACCUAAGAAACGAAGAUCCAAAUCUUUACCAAAAGUAAUACCAAGAACAAAGAAAUCUAUUAAGUCACCAAUUAAAUUGAAAAGACCAUCCAAGGUUAGAAAAGUGAGCCGUAAGCGAAAACGCAAAAGUCCGAAGCGACUACCAGAAGCUAAGAAACGGUAAGUGACCAGAAGUCCAAAGCGACCAUCAGCACCUAAGAAACGAAUAUCCAAAACUCCACCAAGAAAAAAAACCAAGAACCAGGAAACCAUCUUAGAAAGUUGUCAAAAUUAAGAGACCUGUAAAAGUGCCAAUUAAACUGAAAAAACAGGCCAGAUUAAAAAAUUAAGUCCUAAGCGAAAACGCACAAGUUCAAAGCGUCCACCAGCACCUAAGAAAUGUAAAGUCAACAGAAGACCAAAGCGUCCGUCAACACCUAAAAAACGAAGAUCCAAAUCCCCAUCAAAAGAAAAACCAAGAAACCUUCUAAGAAAAUUUUAAAAUCUCAGAGUUUUGCAGCGCCUAUGCCUUCAUGUGUUCUGAAAGCCUUUUCUGACAUAGAUAUAUCCUUAGCAAGAGACACUGCAAGCAAAUUUAAUCAAAUCCUUGAAGAAGCAUGCGAUGCGUUAAUCAAACGCAGUGUUUCCCAUGCUGCAAAAUCCAAAGAGUUAAGCACCCAAGACAUCGAAGCAGCUCUAUUAAACUCUUUCCUCCAGAAUUGGCUGCACAUGCCCUAUCGGUUGCGACUAACGCUGUAUCUAUAUACUUUGAAGAAAUGAAAGGAAAACGGCCUUAAAGUUAGACAUCGAGGCUGUAAUGGAUCAGAUUUAAAUCAAUUGCUUUUAUAAUUCCUAAA